GCCGCGCUGGGCUGUCUUGUCCUUCCCCUGAGUGUCCGGCGAGGAAGGCACCUGGGCGGGCGGCGGCACCCAGAGGGGUGGAGUGGAGGUAUCACAGAUGGCAAAGAAAACACUGGGAUUUUUUUCUCCAAGUGAGUCCUGCAAGGCUUCUAAUUUAGAGCUAUGAAGUGUGGAUGAUUACCUCACCCCAGGGACAUGAAGCCUUUCAGAAAGGCUUUUAAGAGGAAGAACUAGUGGACCCUUCCAAAGUUGAUACAAGCUUCUCUGAGAAAAACAACAGGGCCCGGAAGACCUGUGAUAGGGAGCAACCAUUUCCAGAUACCUGCAUUGAAUUUCAGCUGUGCUUUUCCACUAGCUGCUACAGAACAGAAGAUUUGCAGACAUGUCCAUAGCACUCAAGCAAGUCUUUAAUAAAGAUAAAACUUUCCGCCCAAAACGUAAAUUUGAACCUGGGACCCAGAGGUUUGAACUUCACAAACGAGCACAGGCCUCUCUGAACUCAGGUGUGGACUUGAAAGCAGCUGUGCAGUUGCCCAGCGGAGAAGACCAAAAUGACUGGGUGGCUGUCCAUGUUGUUGACUUUUUCAACAGGAUCAACCUCAUUUAUGGAACUAUCUGUGAGUUCUGCACGGAAAGGACAUGUCCAGUUAUGUCUGGAGGCCCCAAGUAUGAGUACCGGUGGCAGGAUGACAUGAAGUACAAGAAGCCCACAGCACUGCCAGCACCCCAAUAUAUGAAUCUUCUCAUGGACUGGAUAGAGGUGCAAAUCAACAAUGAGGAUAUAUUUCCUACCAGUGUUGGUGUUCCCUUUCCAAAGAACUUCCUUCAGAUCUGCAAGAAGAUACUCUGCCGGCUUUUUCGAGUGUUUGUUCACGUCUACAUCCAUCACUUUGACCGUAUCAUCCUUAUGGGGGCUGAGGCCCAUGUCAAUACCUGUUACAAGCAUUUUUAUUACUUUGUGACAGAGCUCAACCUCAUAGACCGCAAAGAACUAGAGCCUUUGAAAGAGAUGACAACCAGGAUGUGUCACUAAAAAACCACCUGCUGAAGAAAGGCCAAGUCCAGUAUCCUUCUUACUGCAGAGUCCAAGAAUGUGACAGUCCUUAUGGACAGAGCCUGCUUGUUGAUCCAUGAAAGCAAGAAAGCUGGGAACCACAGUUACUUUCACAAAUGCUUCCCACCACUGUCAAGAGUUCUUAACCCUGAAUGUGCUGCUAGGAACCUCCUCUAAACAACAUAGAUUAUUGAGAGAAAGAAGAAUCAGCUUCAAAGUAAUUCUAGCUCCUUCUUUAGGGCUAGGAGCCAGAUGCAGAUGCAGCCACAAUGACAGACUCUGCUCCUGCUGCUAAAGCUUUACUGACAUUCAGGUCCCUGGGCUGACCUCUGGAUUAGUUGAUUUGAAAUGAAACUGUAUUGUUAGCUGCAAUGUUGUUUUCUUUUUCUUUUCUUUCUUGGUAUGUGCUUUGUUCCCUGCGUGCACCAGAAUACCAAGACAGCCUGCAAGCACAGAAGACUUCUAGCCUUUGAUUCCCCCCUCUCCUCACUAGGCCACCCAAGGCUUGGCUGCUGUUCCCAAGUGCCAGCGAGCCUGGUGUUUCCAGGAACACAGCAGUGUCCUUCAGCUGAUCUGGCAGUUUGUGCUUCAUUGUGGCUCAUAACUGGGUGACAAUGGGACAGCUUCUGAUCUCAAUUACAUGGGUAGGAAUCCAGAUAUAACUCUACAGUGUUGAAGUCUUUUCUUUGAAUUCAUGCUGUGCUUGAGAGCAAAUCUGCUCAGUAUCCCCACAUUGACUGAAAAAGCAGCUAUAGUCAGCAUAUUCCUCUAGUGCCCUAUGAAGUACACCAGUCUGUCACUGAAGUUGUUGAUAUCCUCCUGUCCUCUUAGAAAAAGGAGUUCUCACUCACCUUAAUGUUUCAUCUUUUCAGGGGGAAAGACAUUUAAUUUUAGUAACUGGAAGAUACAGUGAAGGUGAGUGGCAUAAAAGUUAGAGCAGGAGGGAUUUCGUGAUGGUCUCUGAUGCAUCUGAACGGUGUCCAGCAGUGUGGAUUGGUUCCACAAUGGACUAACACAGUGUUUUUUCAGGUACUUAAUCCAACUUUAGUAACACAUGCAGGUGUUACUGAAGCCUGGAAGGAUCCAUUGCAGUAAAUCAAGUCUCCUAUGCCAAAUAUGCCCUCAUAAGAGGCUUUCUUCUACAAAAAUAGAAAUCGAAGCAAUACUUACAGAGAGAUCACAUGAGAGAUGAAGCUGAAUAAAUGGGAAUUGGGUGAAACACAGCUAUGUAUUCUGUGCCUUGUAAUAUGUUUUGCACACUUGUGUUAUGGUGAAAGAUUAGUCCUUCCCAAGUAAGUGCUGAACCUUGUUUCUGCCUUGUUCUCAAGUGAAUUAGGUGUGCUUGCAUCUCCUGAGAGAGCAUCAGAAGAAAAUCUCACGGAGUAUGCAGUGACUGAAACAUUUACAGCAGAGGGCUAGCAGACACUAAAGAAUAACAGCAAACCUUUUCUAGCUCGCAUGGCGGUACAUUCUGAUUUGCUUGUCUGCUUGCUUAAAAUAGGGCUUGUAAAUGUCAGUGAUCACGUCCCAGCUGGGACAAAGGGCUUUUGUCUGUGAACAUUCAGUGUACAUGGGAACAGUACACUGUUGGAAGCUUUUCUGCAUCUUUAGUAUUAUGCAAGUGACAUUAUCCUUUGUGUUCAAGGGGAUGGACUGAAGUGUUCCUACCUCCUUCAGUGGCCUUUGCAAUCAGGUUAAUUCUCUGUGGACCGGAAGGCACGCACAGGUAAUUUCUGGCCUGCUGGCACUUCAGCAGGAUAGAACUAGUUUGUGGAAUUCCUUGCCACAGCUGCUGCUGAGCUUAGACGCCUCAUUUUCAAGAUGAGAAAUGUUACAUCUUUGGAAGAAGGUAUGAGGCACGAGUGGAUGACGAUGGCCUGGAAUCACAACAGCUGCCCACAGAAGGGCUUCUUGCACUCUGCCCAAGUGCCUGGGCUGUUGCCCUGCUGCAGAUGGAGCUGAAGCCGACCCAGCACUUUUGAAUCCCACUGUGGGCACCUGCCAUUUGGUGUGCUUGUGGCUGGGCAGCAUGCAGGGCUCUCUUUGAAAGAUCAUGAAGAUGAAAAGGUGUGGAAUUCUGUGCAUAAAGACUGAACUCACUAUAUACAUUGAAAAAUAUGAUACUUAUGCAUAAAAUAAUGUAUUCAUUUUAGUACGCUACUUAACCAUAUGCUGGUUUGAGUUCUCAGUGUGGUUCAGUCUGAAGGUGAAGCAGAAUUUGUUUCCAGUUACUUUCUUGGUUUUUUUGGGGGGGCUUUGGUGAAUGCAUUAGUUGUGUGACUGCAAAACAAAUCUGUUGGAGUGUUUUCCUUUGUCUAAAACUGUUUAUCCUAAACCUUUGUUUCAUUUUCUGCUGCAACACAUGGCAUGAGGCAAAGGAGGAAAAGGCAGAUUUGAGCCCUAAGAAGGUUUGUGUUUGACCUGGCCAAAAUCCCUGUAAUGGGAAAAGCUUAUUACAGCCCAGGAGCUGAACCAGCCACAAAUAAGUGCAAAAUGUGCUUGUUUGGGGAGAACAUGAAGUUUGCUAGAUGAUGAAAUAAACCUCCUCCAAAUGGCAGGGUUUGGCCUUACUGAAUAUCUCGCAACAGGUACUUUUGCUUCCACUGAAGAAGCAUUCAGCCACAGCCUGGCCAUUUCAUGCCAUGGGCCAUUUCUCUUCUUCCUGUACCUGGCAUUUGAUAUCCCUGUAAGAGUAAUGUCUGGAACAUGGCAUCACUACAUAGAAGUCUCAUGUUACCCUUUCCCAUAGAGGAGAGAGCACAAGCAUCCUGUGGGAUCUCAUGCUCAAGGAUUUCAGCUUCAGCAAUUUGCUCAGGGCCACAUCUGGACAGAGUCAUGUUUUGGUUGUUAAUUGCAGGUCCUGAUUUAUGUGAUUCCUCAGGAUAUGUAAUAAGGACUGAGGCUAGAUGUGACUGUAUGCAGAAGUACCAUUUCACCUGCUUAAAAAAACCUUUCUACAUCAUCUUAAUUAUGUAUGUUCCUAGUCAUUCCAGCAUUACAUAAUAUUUUUCCUGGGGGGAGAAGUUGUUGUUUAUGUUUGUUGCUUGUUGUUUUAAAUCACCUUUCUAGUCUUUUAAUCAGAUCUUAUUUUUCUUGCCUAAAAAUGUUUUUUUUUAUAUUCAUGUACUUGAGAGAUGCUGUUAGUGCUAAGCUUCAAGGUCCUAAAAGAGGGAUCACUUCAGCUGACUGAGACCACAGUCAGCUUUACUUCAGAGUGUGAAAGUUUCCUCUGAAACCCAAAUUGCCUUCAGUGAUUAAAGACUGAAUAGCUUUCAUUGACUGCCUCUGUAAUAAGGGAUUUUGCAAUGAACUUCAACUUCAUGUAAACAAAAACUAAUGUCAAUGUAGUGACCAAUGCUACAUGAAACACAUCUUAAAGUAACCUCCCUUGUGUUUUGUGAAGGAUGGAGUCCCAGGGUCUUUUGAAUGUGUUUUUUUUUGCUGAUACACAACAGGGAAACUGAUGAUUUCCACCAGAUUUGAGAGAAUUGGCUACUUAGGAAAAUCUGAGUUUUCACCAAGAACUCAAGCUCUGAGCAGCAAACCUUUUUAGCAGAGAAGGUAUUUAGUUCUCCCGAGCAACAUGUUCAUUAAGAAUAAGGCAGGGAGAGGGGAGGAGAACAGUUAAUGUGUAACUGUGGGGACCUACAGACACCUACUCAAGACAUGCAGAAAGUUAAGGGGUAAACAUUGUCCAAGGAGCAUGUGCAAGAAAAUUCCUGGGGCUCUGUGGAAAGGACACAGAGAAUAGUUCUGUCUGUAGUCAGGGAGCCACUAUUACCAAGUCACUAUUAAAAACAGACUGAAAAGGACUUGCAGCACCUUUGUAAUGCAGAUUGAAUAAAUUACACAUUGUGGAGCCCCCUCACAAAAAGCCAUUCCUUCCUUUUGCUUUUUACUUCUUGGUAUUCUUCAGGUUUCUCACAUUUUCCAGCAGUGGGGUCACAGAGCUGGCCUUCUGCCUUUUUAUCUUCUCUGUGCUUCCCCAAGGACAAUGUUGUUAACAAAAAAGCAGCUUUCUCCACUCACUCUGUGCCUCCAAAAAGGACACCUCUCACCUACACCCUCUGAAGAGGGAUCACCAAGGGCAUUUCAGAAGAGCAGAGGCAGGGAGCUGGAGGUGCCUGCUAGCACUGCAGACCAGGAUGCACUAUGUAUAAAACAGAUAAAUGCUUGCUCUAAUGUAACAUGCUUUAAGUGCUUUAGAAAGGGGAUAACACUAGGGAAACCACUAUAGACAAGUGGUCAGUGUUCAGACUUUUUUUCCUAUAUAUUGGAAGAAAUUAAAUGUAUUUGUAAUAAUUACAGAGACUACUCAGAGGGCAAAGCAAGCCAGAUCAGUAACAAGAACCUGGUAGUGAUAAGUAUUUAAAUCUAGAAUGAUCACAGUUGAUGUUUCAUGGAUUUCAUGCCGAGUAGAGAGACAAUGUUUUUCAAGGUUUAGCCAAAUAAGUUGGAGCUAUUAAUGUAGUUGUUUCUCUUCUGUUUUGAUAAGUUUUCCUGUUUUAAGAUACAGAUAUAAUAUAAUAAAGAGUUAUAAUAAUAUUCUCCCAGGGAAAAGAAUUAAUUACUUGUCCAGUGUAAUACAUGUGUGUGCAUGUAUGUGCGUGUGUGCACAUACGUAUGUGUGUGUUUAUGUUUGGAUGGGGAUAUGGAUGUGGAGGUGUCAGUGUGAGCAUUUGUUAUGGGCAUAGGUACCCUCCCUGCUCUUCCCCACAGAACACACUAGUUUUAUUUUGGUAGUUUUUAAGGGGGUGCAUAUUCCUAAGAAUUACGUGGUUGAUUCCUUUUCCUCCUUCAGGUAUCAGUGCUGUUUGCUAUGUGAAUUUUUUGUAAUGAUGUCAGAUGUGUCUUAAGCUCUUGUAGCUUAGUUUGUUAUUAAAUGGUGGUUCAACAGUAUGGAAAGAGAGACCAACACUAAUUGUUGUAGUCACUGAAAGAAAAGAUUGUUUUUCAAGUCAAUCAUCAUGGAUAAAGUGAUGAAAUCCAAAUAUGAAUAAAAGAAACGUAACCCUGCACAA